GUGCGGUGUGCCACAGCGCCGGCCUCCUCGUCCUCGUCCACCUCACAUCCUCCCUCUCUGUCCUGAGCCAUGGCGACCGCAGCAGUGCUAAGCAAUGGAAACGCGGCGGAUUGGGCAGAUCGCUACUAUCACGUCGACCAGAUCCUUGACAGACCCGGUCCGCGUACAGAUCCCUCCUUCCUCGCGGGCGAGGAGGUGAAGAAGUUCUUGCGAGAGAAAAGCAAGAUUCUUGUCAUUGGUGCGGGAGGCUUGGGCUGCGAGAUCCUCGCGAACCUAGCACUGUCUGGCUUCAAGGACAUCCAUGUCAUCGACAUGGAUACGAUCGACAUCAGUAAUCUCAACCGCCAGUUCCUCUUCCGCCCGAAGGAUGUAGGCCAGCCGAAAGCAAUUGUUGCCGCGGAGUUCAUCAUGAAUCGUGUUCCCGGAGUCAAAGUCACUCCAUAUUUCGGAAAGAUUCAGGACAAGGACGAUGAUUACUACAUGCAAUUCAACCUCGUCAUCUGCGGUCUCGACUCUGUAGAGGCACGUCGCUGGAUCAACGCAACCCUUGUCAACAUGGUCGACCCGGAGGAACCAGAAAGCCUGAAGCCCCUCAUCGAUGGUGGUACGGAAGGAUUCAAGGGCCAAGCUCGUGUCAUUCUGCCAACCGUCACAUCAUGUUACGAGUGCUCUCUGGAUAUGUUGAACAAACCGACCACGUUCCCCAUCUGUACCAUCGCGAAUACGCCCCGUCUACCCGAGCACUGCAUAGAGUGGGCAUCCGUCCUCGAGUGGCCGCGAGUCUUCAAAGACAAAAAGAUGGACACCGAUGACCCAGAGCAUAUCGGCUGGUUGUACAAGACUGCCCUUGCGCGUGCGAAGGAAUUUAAAAUCGAGGGCGUUACAUGGUCCCUCACGCAGGGUGUCGUCAAGAACAUCAUCCCAGCCAUCGCCUCCACGAAUGCUAUCAUUGCAGCAUCAUGUUGUAAUGAGGCGUUCAAGAUCGCUACUUCCUCUGCGGCAUACCUCAACAACUACUUCAUGCUCAUCGGGACUGACGGCGUCUACUCCUUCACUUUCGAACACCAGAAACGCGAUGAUUGCCCCGUUUGCGGUGGACAGGCUCUGGACAUCACCAUCAGCAAGGAAUGGACCGUAGAGCGUUUGAUAGAAAUGCUGGUUGAGAGGCAGGAUGUCCAAGUCAAGAAGCCGUCCAUGGCAACUUCGACGAAACAGAUUUACUUCCAGGCGCCACCGCAACUCGAGGCGCUCACGCGUCCGAACCUAGAGAAGAAAGUGUCCUCACUCGUAGACGACGGGGAUUACAUCACGGUCACGGCGAGCACCCUGCCGUUCGACCUGACGCUGAGGGUGCAGUACACCUAGAUAACUUGGCCCGAACCUCGCACUACUGUGUCAAAUAGUCCUCUAUCGCAAUGUACUUUUUGUUGCUCUUGUAUGAUAUUGCACUUCAGUCUUCUGGA